UAGAGAUUGUGCCGGGAAGCCUCCUCUGCUUCUGCUGCUGCUGCUGCUCCUCCUCCUCCAUCCCAUAGCUGCUCAGCAACAGCAGAGCAGGGGCCUGCCAGCGCGUGGGGCUGGGGGGGGGCAACAGGCAGGCAGCGGGCUGGCGUGACUCCCAGCGCCCCUCCUUUCCCAGGCCAUAGGCACUGCCUCUCCUGCUGCUGCUGCUCUGACAUCACUGCUCCAUCUCCUUUGCAGGACCAGAAGAUGCUGCACAGCCCAGUAGGAGGAUGGAGGUCCCCAGGCAAUGGAUGAGGAGCUAGGGGAGGGCAGGGAGACUCUCUGGCUUUGGAGGGGCCCCCCACCCACCCAAAUGAGCUUCUCUCCUGCAUCCCACCUCCCUCUGGAAGGACUGAAGCGGUGAUGGAAGCUGCAGCCUGAGUCUCCUUCCCCGACAACGCCCCCCCCCCAAGCCACCAUGAUCCGCAAGAAGGUCUCUGGGUCGGAUGCCCAGGACACCGGCCUGCUCAUCGGCCUGGGGAAAAGCCCUUCGGGCCUCUACGAGGAUUCCAGUAUUCUCCCCAACGGGGGUGCUGGGAGGGACACCUUCGAUGUGGACGACGACGACGACCCCAUCUACAUUUAUGGCGAUGAAACUUAUGGCUACCCCAGCAGUGCCAGCGGGAAUUACUUCCGAGAUGGGAAGACGAAGAUAGAUUUUGUGCUGGUCUGGGAGGAGAAGCUGCGUCCCUCGAAGAAGAGGCGCAACAAACAGCCCCACCCGGAAGGCGAGAGGGCAGCGGGCCAGGGGGCCGGGUGGGAGGCGGCCCGUGGGCGUCACGAGAGGUGGAGGCAGAAGUUCCUCAAGAACCUGCGCACUGCCGGCCUCUUGAUGGAGAAGGAGGAGACUCUGAGCGACCGCAAGGGAAUUCACUACAUGAAGCUGAGCGCGCCCUGGGAAGUGCUGGUUUACUACGCAGAGGAGCUGUGCAUGCGGGCCCCUCUCCAGGCCCACCCCAACCCGGACCGCAACAGCUCGGACGACCUGCUUCGGAAACUGCACCUGCCGAACAUCAUGGCCCAGCAGGUGCCCAAGAAGCCCGUCGACUACUACACCUGUGCCUUCCGAAAGUCCAAGCUGGACAAGUUCCUGGGCAGCGAGCAGCACGAUUCGUACUUCACCAACACGCAGAGGCAUCGCAUUGUGUAUGAGAUCCUGGCCCGGACCAUCUAUGGGAAGAGGAAGCAUGCAGAGAUGGGCAUCGACCGGCUGCUGAACGAAGGGGUCUACUCCGCAGCCUUCCCACUGCAUGAGGGCCCCUUCGAGCUGCCCGAGUACGAGGUCCUGGGCGAAGAGCUGAACCCCCGGCAGAUCCUCUACCGCUUCUGGGCCCAGUGGCGCUGCUGGUACAAAUACCAGCCUUUGGACCACAUCCGCGAAUACUUUGGGGAGAAGGUGGCCAUUUAUUUCGCCUGGCUGGGCUUCUACACGGCUUGGCUCCUCCCGGCUGCCACUGUCGGCACUUUGGUGUUCGUUGCCGGCCUCUUCACCAUGGGGACAAACACGCCAGCGCAAGAGAUCUGCAACAGUGGGGGGCAGUUCCUCAUGUGCCCCCUGUGUGACACCUGCGGCAACUGGAACCUCUCUGAGAUCUGCCCCAUGGCAAAGGUGGGCUACCUCUUUGACCACCCAGGGACCGUCUUCUUCAGCAUCUUCAUGUCCUUCUGGGCCGUGACCUUCCUGGAGUACUGGAAGCGGAAAAACGCCACGUUGGCCCACCACUGGGACUGCAUGGACUUCCAGGAGGACGAGGAGCGACCUCGGCCAGAGUUUGCCGCCAUGGCCCCCCGCAUGGAGCAGAAUCCCGUCACGGGGGUGAAGGAGCCGUACUUCCCUGAACGGGACCGUCUCUCCCGCAUCCUGACGGGAUCCAUGGCCAUCAUCAUCAUGCUCUGUGUGGUGAUGAUCUUCCUCGUCUCGGUGAUCAUGUACAGAGGAAUUGUCAGCACUAUGAUGUACCACACAGGGAACACAAUCUUGAUGACCCAGGCGGGGAACAUUGCUAACAUCAGCAGCUGCAUGGUGAACCUGGUGCUCAUCCUCCUCAUGAGUCAGGUCUACACCUCUCUGGCUGAGAAGCUCACCAGGUGGGAGAUGCACCGGACUCAGACGCAGCAUGAAGACGCCUUCACCUUCAAGGUCUUCAUUUUCCAGUUUGUCAACUUCUACUCCUCCCCGUUCUACGUGGCCUUCUUCAAGGGCAGCAGGUUUGUGGGGUACCCCGGCCAAUAUGGAAAACUCCUGGGCAUGAGGAACGAAGACUGCGGUCCUGGCGGGUGCCUGAUUGAGCUGGCCCAGCAGCUGUUCAUCAUCAUGGUGGGGAAGCAGAUUGCCAGCAACAUCCAGGAGUUUCUGAUUCCGAAACUGAAAUCCUGGCGCCAGAAGAGGAAACUGGCCCGGGUGCGAGGGGGUCAGAUCUGCCAGGAGCCCAAGCGCUGGGAGGAAGAUUAUGAACUGAUUGAGUGCGAAGGCCUCUUUGAGGAGUACCUGGAGAUGGUGCUCCAGUUUGGCUUCAUCACCAUAUUCGUGGCUGCCUUCCCGCUGGCUCCGCUCUUUGCCCUGCUCAACAACUGGGUCGAGAUCCGCCUGGACGCCCAGAAGUUCGCCUGCGAGUAUCGGCGCCCCGUGGCCGAGCGCGCCCAAGACAUCAGCGUCUGGUUCUUCAUCCUGGAUGUCCUAGCCCAGAUCUCCGUCAUCGUCAAUGCCUUCCUCAUUGCCUUCACGUCGGACUUCCUCCCUCGCCUCCUGUACCAAUACGAGUACGACAGCCACCUGCGCGGCUACGUGAACUUCACCCUGGCCUAUGCCCCGCCCAGUUUCGUGGACAGCAACCACACCAUGUGCCGGUACAAGGCCUUCCGCGACCCCCAUGGAAGCCAAACUCUCUUCUACUGGAAGCUGCUAGCUAUCCGCCUGGGCUUCAUCAUUGCCUUCGAGCAUGUGGUCUUCUUCUGCCUGCGCCUCAUCGACUGGCUGGUCCCAGACGUCCCCGAGUCCCUGGAGGUGAAGAUCAAGCGGGAACGCUACCUGGCCAAGCAGGCUCUGGCCGACAACCAGGAUGUGCUGCUGACGGUGAGUGGCGACUCCUCCCCCUCGCCAGCAAGCAGCCUUUUACCCAGCAGCGUGAACUAGCGCCCCCCGCAGGUGCAGCCACUUCUGACCACACACAUCGGCCCUGUUGAAGAGGAGGCUCAGCCAAGGCGAUGGAGGAAGGAUUCCCAGAGGGCUCCAUCAGUGGCACAAACUCAGCCAAGAGUCUCGUGGCCCCUUCAAGGACCAGGAAGGUGGGCAAGAAAGGCUGGGCUUGUGGGGUGCGGAGGGUUGCAUGCCCUUCUCACCCCCCGCCACUGCUACAAGGAGGGCCAGUUUGCUUCUGUGGCUGUCCUGGGGCCCUCCUGCCUAGCCUCUCUUCGCCUUCCCCUCUCGACCUUUUCCCUGCUCCUCAGAGAUGGACCGCAGGGACUGUGGAAAUGGCAUCGCCAACAAUUUCCCCAGCCCAAGUUCCUUUCCAAGCCAAAGGGAAGGGCUGAUCCUUCUUCUGACGGCUUGGAGGACAGGCUGGCUUGUGGGUCCCCUCCUUCCCAAGGCCAUUGUCUCCCAGAAGCCUUUGCUUCACUUGAGGACAGCAGCGGGCGUUUCGGCAGCAGUGUCUCCUGGGCCAAGGAGGGAGGAGGCCGGGGUUGCACUUUUGCAGGCAAGGUCCUCUGCGGAGGGUUUCUACCACAGAUCCCUGGUAAGAGGGAUUGCGUCCGCAAUAUUGAUCCAGUGUGUUGUGGAAGAGCCAUUCCCGCCGCCACAGGCUGCUUCGAGAACUCACGCUUUCCGUGUUAAGAUGUGUGGAAACGCCGUCCCCGCUGCAAAACCGAGCGAAUGUGCUGUUUUGCUCACCUGCCUGCGCUUCCCUUCUCAGGGGUUUGUGGAAAGGGAUGCCCUUAACUUGCAGGAACGGUGUUCUCCUGGGAGCGUUGAGGGCCAUAUCCAUGCAUGCAGAAAUCCUCGAGGUGCAGCAGAGCUUCAGAGUGCGCACAGCUGAAUAUUGUUCAUGUUUUGAUCCUGCCCAAGGGGAAGCGAGGAAGUGGAAGGAGGUUGGAAGCAGGGCCCCUCCUCAAACAGGAACACUGGGCACCUUCCACAAGAGCAUCAUCGGCCAACUCACUUUUUACAGUGCACCCACACAACGUGGCUGUUGAAUUGUUGCGUUCCUGUGUCUUCUGUGCUCGCGUCCCCACCAACACCUGGCCUUUCCGGACUGGCAAAGUGCAAGUGAGACUUGGAAGAGGGGCUCCUUUGCCUUGAGUUAGAAGCUUCCUGCUGUUUGCGGUUUCUUGCUCUGGUCUCUGUUCAACCUCUUGGUGCCACAUCCGGGGCUGUGCGGAACUACCAUCUUAAUCCCACGCCCUCCGGAUUGUGGAAAAGCAACGCCUCAAGAGUGCCCAAGGACCCUCAAGCGGAGGACCCUCUGCGAGCAUCAUGGCUAAGCAGGGAAUUCAAAGCCAAGUCUACACCUAGCAUUCUGUGUCCGCUGAUCCUGUGGUUGGGCUGGUCCGGAAGGACUCUGGAAGUCAGGCUGACCAUUCUCAAGCAGCUGCAGCAACAGGCAAGGGGCAUUUCCAUCCGAGGAGCAGAGGGACCAAGAAGGGCAGCCCUGGCAGCAGCUGGCACAGGAGGGCCAAAAAGGAAACCUCGAAACUUCAGGCGAGGAAGGGAGCCACAGCCAGCCUGCCCUGGCGCUGGAGAUUGUUGGUUCGCUGGCUGGAAGGUUUUAUGUUAACUCAAAGCCACCACUUCCCUCCCUCUCCUCUGGCAGGUUGGAGAAAAGCAGGAGGGGGAUGGAGAUGGACCCUUCAUUGUUGUUCUUGCCUUGCAAAUGAGCUGGGCUUAGGUUCCUGGAUCAGCCCCUUCCCUGCCACAAAACCCCCUUUCAGCUCUAAGUCAGGAGCCUGUGAGAUAUGGGGCUGCAAAUUGUAGGAGGGGAGGGAUGUGCCCUUGCGGCCGAUGAUCUGGGGGGGGGGCAUGCCGCAUGCCGUGCACGAUUAUUGCUGCUCAGUGUGACCCCCCCCCGCUCAGUGUGAACCCCCCCUUCCUGCAUGGUCUCUCUCUCUCUCCCACCCUCCAGCGGCAGCCAGAAUUGCCCCAUGUUCUGUAUAUCACACAGGAGAAUGAAUAAAAUGUGGAGUAACA